CUUUUUGAUAAUUUUCAUAAUAGCUUUUUUGUUUAACAAGGAAAUAUAUCUUAAAUAUUUAGUUCUUACCAAAGAUUUAUUAACACGUGAAGAUUAUAUAAAGUACCAUGUAUAUCGUUCGUAUAAAGGUAUUAUCAAUUUAAAUAUGGCGGUAAUCCUAUCAGCUGAUACCGUCUGCUGGAAUGACGGAUUGCAAUUUGGUUAGUUGGUCUGUUUAGACCAGUCGUUUUAAUACGUAUAUUCUAUUUAGUGAUGAUUAUUCUUACAUGAUUCACACGUGUACAAAUGGUAUUGAGUUAUUGGUUUUCACAAAACAGAGAUAAAUAUAAUUAUAUCCAAUGUUGACAGAAUUUGAAAGGAACGGAUUUUUUAGCCUGUGUCACUGACAGGUGGUGCAGGAAUGCAGUUAAAUACAUACAAUUUUUUUUUGUAAAAUAUAUCAAUCUCGAUUUAGUAUUUGAAAAAAUUGCCAAUCACAAGUAGAUUCGGCUGUGAUGAGUGACUCCGAACAGCGGCAACUGCACGUGCCUUAUCCAGAAUAUCACAGUCAGAAUAAUACCAAUCCACCUGCUUUGAUUGAAACUGACGCGUUAGUAGAUCUGUCGGUAACAUCCAAUAGUUGUGUAUCACGAAACUUGUCUACAGAACUACUUCCAGACGUUGAAUUUGUUCCAAACAUAAGUAGUGAUCAAACUAUAACCAUUGAUUCUGCUGGGAUAGACCGGGAGAGCCAGCCUCUCCUUGGUCGGCUGGAACUCGAUGUUACCUUUAAUCGAUUCCCUGAUGAUCCACAAUUUUCAGAACUAGUAUGGCAAGCAGAAUGUGCAAUAGACAAUGGAAUCUUUCCUGAAAGAAUAUAUCAAGGUUCAAGUGGAAGUUAUUUUGUAAAAAACUCGGCAGGGAAGGUGAUAGGUGUUUUCAAACCCAAAGACGAAGAACCUUAUGGAAGAUUAAAUCCAAAAUGGACAAAAUGGAUGCACAAACUCUGUUGUCCAUGCUGUUUUGGGAGGAGUUGUUUGAUACCAAAUCAAGGAUAUUUAAGCGAGGCUGGAGCCAGUUUAGUUGACCGCAAAUUAGGCCUUGGCAUUGUGCCGAAUACUAGAGUAGUUAAACUUGUCAGUAAAACUUUUAACUAUCCACGUUUAGAUCGUCAAAAAACACGUAUGAAAAAAGCCAUCAUGGAUCAGUUUCCUGCAUUUGGUUCACAUUUUAAUCGUAUUGGUUUACCUCCUAAAGUCGGAUCCUUUCAAGUAUUUGUAGAUGGUUAUAAAGAUGCAGACUAUUGGCUAAGACGAUGGGAACAUGAACCAUUAUCGCCACGUUUGAGUCUUAAGUUCCAACUCCAAUUUGAACGUUUGGUUAUUUUAGAUUAUAUUAUCAGAAAUACAGAUAGAGGUAACGAUAAUUGGCUUAUUAAGUAUGAUAAUAGUACGGAAAAAAAUGGAUUAGAGCGUGAAGUUAACAUAGCAGCGAUAGAUAAUGGUUUAGCAUUUCCAUUUAAACAUCCUGAUUCUUGGCGUGCUUAUCCUUACCAUUGGGCAUGGUUAAGUCAAGCAAAACAACCAUUCAGUACAGCCACACGUGAAUUAGUUUUGCCUCAGCUUUCUGAUCAAAAUUUUGUACAAGAUCUUUGUGACGAUUUAUACCAAUUAUUUAAACAAGAUAAAGGAUUCGACAGACAUCACUUUGAUAGGCAAAUGAGCGUAAUGCGAGGUCAGAUUCUGAAUUUACAACAGGCAUUGAAAGAUUCCAAAAGUCCAGUGCAAUUAGUUCAAAUGCCUGCUGUUAUAACUAUGCGAAAAUAUGUACAACCACCAAGAGUCAAAUCAUUUGCUCCUGAAAGAUUAUACAGACCUCCAUCGAAACCACUUGAUACUUGUACAACAUAUUAUCUCUCAUAUAUGGAUAUGGAUCCUAGAACAGCUCAAUCUAUUCGGGUUCAACCUUAUCGUCCAAUUCAAACGUUCGUUAAAUCAGAUGAAAAAUUUUCUCACGAGACAACAAGUAAAAUGAGUUACCAACCUAUUUGGCAUACGGCAAAAAGAAAACCAAUUAAGCCUAAGUUCAGAGCUUUGUUAGGACGUGGAGCAUUAGAAAGCGCUACUACAACAAAAUGUGAUUAUAUGCCAAAAUAUACAGAAAAAUUAGAUAUGAUAGUACCUUGUGGAAAUAUAAGAAUAAGUGCAAGUCCUUUGGAUGCUAAUACAACUACGGGUCUUUCUUAUGUAAAUCCUGGUAUAAUAGAACCUACUACUAGCUUUAAACCUGUAACAAAAUAUCACCGACCCAGUCAUUCAGUUUCAAAGGAUACUACUAACAAAUUAAGUUAUCAACCUUUUGCUGUUAGCAAAAAAGAGAAGUUUCCUUGGGCACAGAAAUCUAUAUAUAAGCCUCCAAGUGUUGCAAUGUGUGCGAAGACUAUUUAUUCUGAUAGUUAUUUGGAGAAUGAAGUAUAUGAAAAGAUGAAACCAUACAUUCCUAGUGUAGCAAAUAUAUUACCUUACAAAGCACAAUUUAUGGACAAAACAAUUUAUAAAGAGAGUUAUUUGCCUUGUGAUGUAGAAAAAACAACAAAAAUCGUUCCACCCGCUAAUAUUUUCAUAUCAAAUGAAAAAAUAUCUACUGAUACAACAAAUAAAUUGAGCUAUCAACCAGUUUGGUCUAAGAAGCGUUCUCCGAUUUUACCACGUAGUAGAAAAAUGAUAGAAGGUUCAAUACAAAGUGAAACUACAAAUCGUCAUGAUUUUAUACCCAAAAUAAUUGCACCUCCAAAACUGAUUAUUCCAUGCAAUAAUAUUCGUAUAUCAAGAGAUCCUAUUGUUGAUAAGACAACAACUGGUUUGUCAUAUUUACAUCCUGGUCAAUUAGAACCUGUGCAAAGUUUCAAACCUAUUGGUCAUUACUGCAGACCUGUUACUAAGAUAGAUUCUGAGACUAUAAAUAAAUUAUCAUACCAAGCUUGGACGCCAAUUCCUAAAAUGGAUAUGCCAUGGGCACAUCGAACUACAUAUGAAGUUCCUAAGGAACGAAUGACCACGGAUACAAUCUACCAAAUGAGUUAUCCUUUACCAGGAUAUUAUAUUGAGAAUGAGUGUCCAUGUACGGAAUAAGAGUUUCGAUAAUGAUAUUUUUGAAACAAUACUAUAUUACUCUUGAAAUUAGUUAUAUAAAUUAUAAUUAAGAAUGGAAGUAUAUUACUCUUUUGAUAAAUGAUUUUUUUAUUUUAAAGCAACUUUUUUU